GCUCAGUUACCGCCGCCGACGCUACUGCUCCAAACACUAUUCACGUCGCUGACGCGAUCGUUCUUUGCGAACUGUACAAGUAUUAGAUAGCACAUGGAUCUCGUUAAAUUCAAAAGUUUGCAUGUCGUGUUAGUAAAUAAAUAAGUAUUUUUUGGUAAAAAAACUUCGAAUAAAUAGUAUUAUUUAUUAUUUUGCCAAACUUUAAAUAAAGUUUGGUUAGUGAUCAAAAUUAGCUAUUGGGUAACAGAACUAAAUCUGGUGAUGUGAUAUGGCUAGGCAGGGGCAAUUUAAAAAUUGCAGCAGCGUCAAAACCUUAGGACUUGUAGUAUGGUGCGCGUGGGCAUGCGCGGUAACCACAACCGUCUCUGCUGAUGUAGACACUUCUACGGGACUUGGCGAUAACACCCUCACCAAUGCAGUGGUGGAGGAGCCCGAGUUUACGGAUGUCAUUCAGAACGUAACGGUGCCGGCCGGCCGGAGCGUGAGACUAGCUUGCUCUGUCAAGAAUCUCGGCUCGUAUAAGGUAGCAUGGAUGCACUUCGAGCAGUCGGCCAUAUUGACCGUUCACAAUCACGUGAUCACAAGGAACCCCCGUGUGAGCGUUACACAUGACAAGCACCGGACGUGGUUUCUUCAUAUAUCUGACGUCCGAGAAGAAGAUAAAGGCCGGUACAUGUGUCAGAUCAACACUGUUACUGCUAAAACACAGUUCGGAUACUUGCAUGUUGUCGUUCCGCCCACUAUCGACGACUCAUUGAGCUCGAGCGAUGUUAUCGUCAGGGAGGGCGCCAACGUCACCCUGACAUGCCGCGCUAAUGGCUCUCCUAAGCCUACCAUCAAGUGGAAACGGGAUGACAACUCGAGAAUCUCCAUCACUAAAGGCCAUUCCGUUUUGGAGUGGGAAGGUGAAGUCCUGGAAAUGUUAAGAAUUUCGCGUUUGGAUAUGGGAGCUUAUCUCUGCAUCGCCAGUAACGGAGUGCCUCCGACCGUUUCUAAGCGUGUUAAAGUCAGCGUGGAUUUCCCUCCUAUGUUAUGGAUACCUCAUCAACUAGUCGGCGCUCCCCUGUAUUACAACGUAACAUUAGAAUGUUUCACCGAGGCCCAUCCGACAUCACUGAACUAUUGGACAAGAGACGACGGCCACAUGAUACAUGAAAGUCUUAAAUAUCACAUGGAGAACACCGUCGGAGCCCUCGCUUACAAGACGCACAUGAAAUUAUUGAUCAGACACAUCACGAGCGAGGAUUACGGAACUUACAAAUGUGUCGCCAAGAACCCGAGAGGCGAAUCCGAUGGAACAAUAAGGCUUUAUACUUCAUCGCCACCGACGACUACUCCAGAUCCUAAUGCAAUGACCGUUCCACCGCCGUCACGACCGCCUAGACGCGAUACUCCCGCCUCAGACAAAGGUACUAAAUAUCAAUCCAACUUGAAUGAGAUUGAUAAAGGCAAACAGAAAACUGAUGAAGGGGGCGGGAAGGCAACCUUCAACUGGGUUGAAGGGGCAUCACAAGUUACAGGUAAAGCUGACCGAAGAAGAACCAGCUACAGCAUUGUGUUGUUUUACGUCUCUUACUUUUUAUUUUUUAAAUUUUAACCAUUUAUGCUAGUGAAGUCACUGUCCACUAUGUGAUUUUGUCAACUAAUUCAAAAUACUAAGCUAUGUGUAACGAGGUGAAAUAAAACCAAAUUGUCCAUAUUAGAUUUUUUUGACUAAUUUGAUAUAUUUUAAGGCGAUUGGAAAACAGUUUUACUUUUAAAGCCACAUUUAAAAGCCUCGACAUUUCAGAAAGUAUUUAAUGCUUUAAUACUUUUAACAUGUAGACAGAUUUUAUAUGCCCAAUUUUUUUAUAUAAAUGUAUCGUGACCAUUAUUGUCAUAUUCUAAAGUACAUUAUUAAUCUUACCAUUGUCACCUUUCGUUCUUUUUAUUUGAAAUUCUUAAAGGUCGAUUAACACUUCCAAAUUGGAAAGUCGAUUCGAUAAACAAACUACGGAUAAAUUUAAAACGUAAAACUGUUUUUAAUCAUAUUACUCGGGAAUAAAUAGACUUGUGAAAUAUGAACUAAAUAAACUGAAUUUAGAUUCUGAAACUGAUCGUUACAAAAUCAUAGAUAGAACAAUAGAAAAUAAAAUACAAUUUAAAAACUCACGUAAACCCCAGAGUUCAUUUAAGAUGGAGGAUGGUGUACUUUACUUGGAAAAUUAUAAAAGAUGCCAUCCAAUUAAAUCAAAGUGAUGGAGAACGUCCAUUUUAUGUUAAAUGUUUUAAUAUAAAUUUAAAAACCAUUCCAUUGAUCAUAUUUUGAGCACAUUAAAUUUAUUUAUUUAAUGUAAACUGAGCUUAAUGCUUUUGACCAAAAUGCUGUUCGCAAACAAAUCAGUUGGAGGAGAAAUUAUUAUAAACGAUGAAACAGGUUACUAGAUAACAAAUAUUUAACUGUAGACGAUCCAAAAUAUAUAUAUAGUUAGUAAUCAACUUAACUCGUUAUGAUCGUUGUUGUUAAUUUAUACGUAUUAUAAUAAAGAAUAUUAUGAUAUAUUAUACAACAGUUCCUUAAACUAAGAGUUACGGUGUAGCAGAAUAAAAGACAUUCUUGUCGGAGACAAACUUACUUAAAUAUCCAAUUAUGGUAUUCUGCUUGACCGUGAAAAAUCUAGUAAAAUUCACUGCACAAUUAUAUUAUCAACACAGUAUAACGUGCACUAAAUAUUAUAUAAUAGUAAUUUAUUUGAAAUAAUAGAUAGCGUAAGACUGAAUGAAUUUUAAAAUGUGUAGAUAUAGGAUUUUUGGAAUUAUUUCAUGUGCGCUUAUGUAACCUCAUGUACGCUGUGAUAAAUUAAUAAUUGAAUUGAAGAUAUUUAAUUUGUUUUACGCCAGCUGUGCUUAAAACUAAAUUUCAUAUAGUGGUAAAUUUAAUUAAUAUUAUGUUCGUUUUCCUCAAAUGCCCAAGUAUCUUCUGUCAAUUAUAGUUUAAACAUGAUUAGUAAUUAUCGUGUAUAGAUUAUCGUAAAAAAAAUGUUGCCAAAUUGCUAAGUUUAAAUUACGCGUCAUAUAUUGUAAAUAUUAUCAAUAAGUAAAGGCAAUAGAUGUUUUUAAUAACAGAGAAUGUAUUGAUUAUUAUUUCAAGUGUGAAUUAUUGUAUGAAAUAUAAACGAUUCUAUCGUACUCACGUAAAUAUACAUAACGAAUUAAGGAUGGAUAGGUUUUGAACA